AUGACAAGUCGGUUGCUUGUUUUCCUUCCCCAACUUGAGUGCAGGCAGACCUUAACAGCUUCUUGGAUGCUGCAACCUAAUUUACGUUUUCUUGCUAUGCUUGCCGGUCCUUUUUAUCCCAUACUUAAUCUUGGGAAUGAAAGGACAGCUGCAAAGUCUUCAGGCAAUAUCUCAGACUCUGAAGUUUCUAAACAUAGUCAGCUGUCAUCAGCCUUAACUGUGUCUUCUAACUUUGAGCCUCGAAGAUCACGCGGCACUUCACCUUUCGUCCUGUCAACAUCCAGUUCUAUAGUAUUCCGUGCAGAUGCAAUUUUUGUGCUGUUGAGGAAGGCAUAUAAAGAUUCUGAUUUAGGAAUUGUUUGCAGAAUGGCUGCUAGAGUUCUGCAUAAGCUUAUAGAGCCUGUGGCACAUGAAGGAUCAACACCUCCUGGUGAAGUGACAUAUGGAGAUGAAGCAGUAAAAUCAGAAAUAACUAAUCCAGCUCCUUUAGUUGAUUACUCAAACUUGUUUGGAGAAGAGUUCCAGUUGCCUGGUGAUCACUGGGACUCAAGCUAUCUUAACAUCUUGGAUAUAGGAGCAGUGGAGGAAGGGAUUUUACAUGUUCUUUAUGCUUGUGCAUCACAGCCUCAGCUCUGCAGCAAAUUAGCAGAUAGGACGUCUGACUUCUGGUCUGCGUUACCGCUAGUUCAAGCAUUACUGCCAGCACUUCGUCCCUCUGUUAGCCGUCCGUCUGACAUUGUUGAUGAUAGUUUCUCUCAAUGGAAACAACCAAUUGUUCAACAAGCCCUCUCCCAGAUAGUAGCAACAUCGUGUUCACCAUUAUACCGUCCGCUUCUUCAUGCUUGUGCUGGCUAUUUAUCAUCAUAUUCACCAUCACAUGCUAAGGCUGCAUGUGUUUUGAUUGAUCUCUGUUGUGGCGUGCUAGCACCUUGGCUAAGUCAAGUGAUUGCAAAGGUUGAUCUGGCUGUAGAGCUUCUAGAGGAUCUUUUGGGUGUAAUUCAGGGUGCUCGCCACUCCCUGCUUCGUUCUCGUGCUGCCUUAAAAUACAUUGUUCUGGCUCUCUCUGGUCACAUGGAUGAUAUGCUAGGAAAGUAUAAGGAAGUUAAGCAUAGGAUACUCUUUCUUGUGGAGAUGCUAGAGCCUUUCCUUGAUCCUGCUGUAGGAAGAUUGAAGGGAAUAAUAGCCUUUGGAGAUCUGUCUUCUGCACAUCCAGAAAAGCAGGAAGAGAAUUGUGUUAUUGCCCUCAAUGUAAUUCGCACUGCAGUGCAGAAACCUGCAGUUCUUCCUUCACUGGAAUCUGAAUGGAGGCGUGGAUCAGUUGCUCCUAGUGUGCUACUCUCAAUAUUGGAACCUCACAUGCAGCUACCUCCUGGAAUUGACCUUCGAACAUCUUCAGUCCCUAGACCACUGGAACCUGAAUCUUUAUCUGGUUUAUCUCAUUCUUCAGCUUCUCACCAAGGGGUAGCUUCAAAAUCAAACAGCCAGGAUGAAUUUGAUGGGAAGAUAGAUGUUUCUGAUACAGCCGUAAAAAUUGACAUUUCGGAAGACGCCAGUCUUCUUUUUGCACCUCCAGAACUGCAUAACAUUGUAUUGACAAGUAUAUCCAGUUGUCCCAACGAGAACAGCUCUGUCUCUAACCAUGGGGAUUCUGGCUCUGAACCAAAACAUCUGGUCGGGAAACAUUUUCCACACAGGUUUCAAAUUGACUUAAAACUAGAUGCUGGUUUCUCUGCGGAAUAUUUCAACUUGCAAGCAGAUUAUUUCCAACUUAUAACCUAUCAAGACUGCGAGCUCAGGGCUUCUGAAUUUCGGCGAUUGGCCUUAGAUUUGCAUUCACAGAAUGAGAUUACCAUUGAGAGUCAUGAUGCUGCUAUAGAUGCUUUGCUCUUGGCUGCAGAGUGCUAUGUCAAUCCAUUUUUUAUGAUGUCUUUUAGAGGAAAUCCAAAGUUAAUGAAGGAGACAAACGUCAGUGGGAUUAGGACUCCACAAAAUAAUGAAAUUGGGACGCGAAUGGUCUCUGGAAAUUCUAAGAAUGAUCUAGAAACAAUAUCUCUUCUUGAAAGGAAAAGAGACAAAAUUGUUCUUCAAAUUCUGCUAGAGGCUGCGGAGUUAGACAGAGAGUAUCGAGAAAAGGUUUCAGAUGGAGGACUUAGUCCGUACUACACCGUAGGAUUUGAUGAACAAGUCAUUCGGUUGUCUCCGCUUGAUGUACAAUCUGCAGAUGCCAUCACCUUGGUUCGACAAAAUCAAGCUUUGUUGUGCUGCUUUCUGAUUCAACGAUUGCGAAGGGAGCAGCACUCGAUGCAUGAAAUUCUUAUGCAGUGUAUGAUAUUCUUGUUGAAUUCAGCGACUAAGCUAUACUGUGCUCCAGAACAUGUGAUUGACAUUGCAUUAGGAUCUGCUGAGUACUUAAAUGGGAUGCUAACAUCCCUGUAUUAUCAGUUCAAAGAAAACAAUCUGCAGUUGGAGCCAGAAACAAUACAUGGGAUACAACGACGGUGGAUACUGCUUCAAAGAUUGGUAAUUUCUUCAAGCGGUGGUGAUGAGGAAACAGGCUUUGCAAUCAAUAAAAAUGGUUUCCGUUAUGGAAAUCUGAUUCCACCUUCAGCCUGGAUGCAGAGGAUUUCAACUUUUUCUAGAUGCACAUCCCCUCUUGUUCGAUUUCUUGGUUGGAUGGCAGUAUCUCGUAAUGCAAGACAGUACAUGAAGGACCAGCUUUUACUUGCUUCUGAUCUGCCACAGCUGACAUCUCUAUUGUCUACAUUUGCAGACGAACUUUCUGUUGUAGAUAAUGUUGUCAGUCGAAAAUAUGAAGAAUCAGGGGGCGAAAUUGUUUCUGCAUCCAUUAAAGGAUUUGAAGUAGCUAAUCAGCAGCAUCAGGACCAAUCUUUUCGUGUCAUUUACCCUGAUCUCUUUAAGUUCUUUCCUAAUAUGAAAAAGCAAUUUGAAGCUUUUGGAGAAACCAUUUUGGAGGCUGUUGGGUUGCAGUUGAGGUCUCUUCCUUCCAGUAUGGUGCCCGAUAUUUUGUGUUGGUUCUCUGAUUUGUGUUCAUGGCCAUUUCUACAUACAGAGCAGCUUUCUGCUCGAAAUAGUUCUGACCAUUUGAAAGGCUAUGUUUCAAAGAAUGCCAAAGCAAUCAUCCUCUAUACACUUGAAGCCAUUGUAACUGAGCACAUGGAAGCAAUGGUGCCCGAGAUACCUAGACUGGUGCAAGUGCUGGCAUGUCUUUGUAGGGCAUCUUACUGCGAUGUGUCAUUUCUUGAUUCUGUAUUGUCUUUGUUGAAACCAAUCAUUUCAUAUUCUUUGUGUAAGGUGUCUGAUGAGGAAAGGUCAUUGGUAGAUGAUUCAUGUGUUAAUUUUGAGUCAUUAUGCUUUGAUGAGCUUUUCACUAACAUCAGACAGGGUGCUAACCAAGAUAAUUCUACUGAAAAAGUAUACAACAGAGGAUUGACAAUUUUCAUUUUGGCGUCUGUCUUUCCUGAUUUAUCUCCUCAGAGGAGGAGGGAAAUGCUGCAGUCCUUAAUUUUUUGGGCCGAUUUUACUGCCUUUGAGCCAACUUCUUCUUUCCACAAUUACCUUUGUGCAUUCCAGAGUGUUAUGGAGAGUUGCAAACUUCUGUUAGUUCAGACUUUGCAGUUCUUUGGUGCCAUCCCACUGGAGCUGCCCACUGAGGGACAACAUGAAAGUGGACUGGAGUCACAUUCAUGGUUCCUCAGUGAUGUCUACCGUAGUUCAAGUCAAGAUAAGGCCUCCGAGAAGUUAGAAGGUAACAAUGUUGGUGCUGAUAUUGUGAAUAAAAAGGUUUAUCAUUUAUUUCCUGAGGAAAUAGAAGAAUUCUCAAAACACUUGGAGGUUCUUAUUGGUAAGCUUUACUCGACGACUGAGCUAUGUUGGAAUCUUCAUCAUCAACUAUCUAAGAAGAUGACUAUUACAUCAACAGAGUGUUUUAUGUACUCAAGAUUCUUGGCAUCAAUUGCACAAAGAGUUAAUGAUGCUCUAGAAAAUGACGCUGAAAUUUCUUUCCCAUCUACGUCAGUUGACCAGUUCCCUGAUCAUUGGAGGACUGGUUUAGAAGUAAUUUCUGAGACCAUUCUGACCCUUCAAGAAAACAGAUGCUGGGAAGUUGCCUCUGUUGUGCUUGAUUGUGUACUUGCUGUGCCCCAUAAGUUUGGCCUUAAUAGUGUGAUUGGCUCCAUCUGCUCUGUAAUAAAAAGUAGUUCUUGCAAUGCACCAAAAAUUGCUUGGCGCUUGCAAAGUGAUAAAUGGCUAUUGAUUUUGCUUACCAAGGGUGUCCAUUCCCUCAAGGAAUGUGAGGUUCCUCUUGCUAAUUUGUUCUGUACAAUGCUGGGUCAUCCUGAACCUGAGCAACGAUCUAUAGCCCUUAAGCACUUAGGAAAACUUGUUGGCCAAGAUUUGAGUGGAGGAACUGCCCUUCAAUCUUCCAUGUUCUACAAAAAUUUAGUUUCACCUGGAUUUGUUACAUCUGUUCCUGAGUCGAUUAUUUCUCAUUUGGUUUCAAGUACAUGGAAUCUGGUGGUUGUCCUUGCUUCAUCUGAUGCAUCAUUACUUGUGAGGACUCGGGCAAUGAGACUUCUUGUAGAUUGUAUCCCAUUUGCUGAGCGACGUCUGCUGCAGUCUUUUCUCGCCGCAGCUGAUAGUGUUCUUGGCUUGGGAGAGCUUGCCCGUCCAAAUUGUGAGGGCCACUUGCUGAGGCUUUCAUUAGCACUGAUUGCUGGUGCUUGUCUACACUGCCCGGAUGAAGAUAUCUCUCUGAUUCCUCAGAAUGUUUGGAAGAAUAUUGAGACUCUGGCAUCGUCAAAGCCUGAUGGAAGGUCUGGGGAUGUCGAGAAAAGGGCUUGCCAAGUCUUGUGUAGAUUGAAAAGUGAAGGGGAUGAAGCUAAAGAGGUCCUGAGAGAAGUGCUAACUUCAAGCGCUUCAAAACGAUCUGACCCAGAUUUUGAAAGUACUCGUGAGUCCGUUCUUCAGGUCCUUGCCAGUUUAACUUCUGCAAAGUCGUACUUUGAUAUUUUCUCAAACAAAAUUGACCAAGAGGUUAUGGAACUAGAGGAGGCUGAAUUAGAAUGGGACAUCCUUCAGAAAGAACAUGCAUUACAUGAAUCACCAACCAAGGAUGGACAUCAGAUUCUUUCUCCAAGCUCUCCUGUGGAAGAUGAUGCACGCCUUAAGCAAAUAAAGGAUUGCAUCCAUGCCUUAGAAAAGUCCAAGCUCCAUGAAGACAUAGUCGCCCGCAGGCAGAAAAAACUUCUUAUGAGACGUGCCCGCCAGAAAUCUUUUGAAGAGGCAGCUUUACGAGAAGCUGAGCUACUUCAAGAACUUGAUAGGGAGAGAGCAGCUGAAGUUGAAAAGGAUAUCGAAAGACAGAGAUUGCUAGAACUUGAGCGUGCAAAAACCAGGGAGCUGCGACAAAACCUUGAGAUGGAGAAGGAAAGACAAGCCCAGAGAGAGCUUCAGCGUGAAUUGGAACAGGCUGAAGCAGGAGUACGACCAUCACGACGUGACUUUUCCUCUACCUACAGCAGUCGGCCACGGGAAAGGUAUCGUGAAAGAGAAAAUGGAAGAGCAGGUAGUGAAGGUAGCACGAGAUCAAGUUCUGGAAAUUUGCAGCUUGAAACUUCUACUACCAGCUCUUCCAUGGGGACCAUGCCAACUGUGGUUCUGUCUGGGUCCCGGCAAUUUUCCGGCCAGCCUACCAUUUUACAGUCUCGUGAUCGUCUGGAUGAUGGUGGCAGUGGUUAUGAAGAAAAUCUGGAUGGAAGCAAAGACUCAGGUGACACGGGUAGUGUUGGAGAUCCGGACUCAGUUUCAGCAUUUGAUGGACAGCCUGGUGGAUUUGGGUCAGGUCAGAGGCAUGGUUCAAGAGGGAGCAAGUCCAGGCAGGUAGUGGAGCGGAGAGAACGGGAUGGGAGACGAGAAGGAAAGUGGGAAAGAAAACAUUUAUGACUGAUGACUUCAGAAUUAGUGAAGUCUGGUUCUAGGUUAGGAUACUCAAGUGUGUAUUUUGUAAGGAGAGCUGUUGAUAAGAGUUACGACGUGGUAUCUUAAUUUGGUGGUGAUCUGAUGAGGUCAUCUUCAUGUAACAUACUUGUACCUUAAGUUAUAAAAAUGUUUUUAGUAUUGGAUAA